AUGGAAGAUAUGUAUGUGCUCGCUUCCAAGUACUUGCCUAAGACCCGAUGGAGUCAUCACGUGCUGCAGGUUAAGCGUGUUUUGGAGUGGAGCCCAUGGUGUCUUCACCAGGUAGCGGUUCCAGGCUCAUUCAGCAUCCUAAAUAUGGUGGUGACAAACAUUCUGAAGACUCUUAAUUUCAGCCAAACGUUGUCCUCUAAUGGUUCACUGGACAACUUCUCAGACCCUACAUUUAUGAAGGAUUACAUGGAGACCUUGACACUUACUGCAUCAAUAACAUUUUUGACUGGCAUCAUUCAGUUGCUGCUGGGUUGCUUUUGCCUGGGGUUUGUGGCAACGUACGUGCCGAAGACUCUCAUUGACGCUUACCUCUCUGCAGCAGCGUUGCAUGUCAUCGUAUCACAGUUUGUCUUCAUCUUUGACGUCAUGCUUGACUUCCACAAGGGCCCCCUGGGCAUUUUCUGUAUUAUCACAGCCACCAUUAUUUCUAAUUGCAUUCAUCUUCAUGCGGAAUCUAGUAGUGCUGUGAUGAGUGUGAAUCCUCAGAGGUUUCUGCCUCCUACACUGCCAGAUUUAUCAAACCUGAGCACGAUCCUACUGCAUGCCUUCUCCCUUGCUGUUGUGAGCUACUUCCUUCUUGUUUUUGUUGGGGAGAGGUACGCUUCACGUCACAACUACAGUAUUGCCAGCAAUCAGGAGCUAAUAGCUGUGGGGCUAUGCAAUAUUUGCAGCUCAUUUUUCAAAAGCUUUGUUGUCAGCUGUGCUAUUUCUGGAACUGUCAUUCAAGAGAAGACAGGUGGAAGAACACAGGUAGCAGCAGUGAUUGGAGCAUUUGUGAUGCUGGUGAUUGCGCUGAAGCUGGGACACUUUUUCCAGAUGAUACCUAAUGGUAUACUGGCUGCUAUUGUGGUAUUUAACGUGCUCCCUUUUCUGGAAAAACUUCUGGACGUCCCCAUCCUGUGGAGACGGGAUAAGUAUCACUUUGUUAUUUGGCUCGUAACUUUUGCUGCAGUGCUUUGUUUUGGUCUUGAUGUCGGUUUAGUGAUCGCCAUGGGAUUUACGCUCUUCGUAAUCACCAUCAGGUCACACAGAAUGAAGAUGGCAGUGCUGGGACAGAUUCCAAACAUGAAUAUUUAUAGAAGUUUAUCCGUCCACAGAGCCGCAAGGGAGAUUGAAGGUAUCAAAAUCUUCCAGUGCUGUUCUUCCAUCUCUUUUGUAAACAUGAAUCACUUCAAAACUUACUUGUUACACAAGAUACCAUAUACAGAGAAACUGGUGAAGCGGUGUCACGCGGACAGCGAUUCCUCAUCAUCUUCAGUUAAUUUGGUACAUUGGUCCAAGUACAGAGACACACUCAGCUCCAGGAUGCUGCUGAUGGGAGCAGACGAUGCACAGCACGUGUCCCCAGGCUUGAACACGGGACGUGGGACUGGAAGGAGCGAGGAUGAAGGGGGAAGCCUUUCACCAGGUUCUGCGAUAGAUAAUUCCUCAGUAUGCUUAGACCAUGAAGAACAGACGGUGCAUUUGCCAAGUCCAGUUCACACCAUUAUUUUAGACUUUGGCAUGGUGCAGUUUGUGGAUUUGCUAGGUUCAGAGUUACUGCGACAGAUCAUCCAUAUGUUUCACAACAUUGGCAUUUCAGUCCUUAUAGCUGGCUGUCACUCCUCUGUGAUAGCAGACUUGGAGAAGAAUGAUUUCUUCGACAGCUGUGUCACCAAAGAACGGUUCUUUCUAACUCUUCAUGAUGCUGUGCUGGCUGCUUUGGACAAGCAUCCAAAGCCAGAUGAGCUAGAACUUACUACAGAAGAGUUUGCUGAAGAACCAGCAGCUGAACAGUAG